AUGCAGUUCAAACUUUUAGUAGCCGGAUACGUUAAGGACUUCUACACAUCCAUUUACUGUGAAAAGCUGCACGCGACAGCAAGUCCUUUCCAAAACAUCGAGAAAAUAACCGCUUGUGCAUUGAUCGUGCUAUUUUUCCAACUCAAGUGUGCGUACGAGGCAAAGCUUGUAUCGUACAUCACCGAAGCGCCACGUGUCCCAGACGCCAAGUCAGUUGAAGACUUGCGCGAACGCAACAUCACUGUGCAUUACAAAAGCAUUAACAUUACAUUAUUGCAUAAACUACACGGUAUGGUCAAGUUCUACGAUAAAGAUAAUUUUGCUUUCGAUGGUAUUACAUUGGUGGAAAAUCGUGCUGCUCUGAAGAUGGAAAAGUUGUUUGCUGAUAAAAUGAAAGGGUACGGAAUGCAAUACACACUACUGGGCGAGAAUGUGUACGAGGCUAUUCCGUUUUAUCUAUUUGGCGCCAAGUCACUGCUGGCAAGGCGCUUUCAAAAAUAUCAACAACGCGUCUUCGAAGCCGGUAUGCAGCAGCACUGGCGUCGGGAGUAUUACAAUUGCUUUCUCUGGUAUAUCAAUAGCGGCAAGCAUCAAUAUGAUAUUUACGAUGGAUCAUCCGCUAUCAUUAGCUAUAGGCAUCUUAAGCCACUGAUGCUGUUUUUCUUAGCUCAAUGGGCAAUUGAGAUAAUCGUUUUUGGGAUCGAGGUAUUGGUGGAAGCAUUAAAGCGAUCGCAGAACAAUUAGCAAGGCGCAUGACAUGUUACACGUUGCAUCGCCAUUGUAGUAAACUUUACAAAAUACAACUUCAUGUACGAUACAGCGUGUAAAACAUUUAUACAUCUACAAAUUGGAACGCUCUUCGAGAAGCUAAGCCACUGGGCGCCUUCGGUUACGUAAUACGACCUAUUUUGUUGUUUUCUGGAGCUCAUCGUUGUGAACAGUUUACAAACAUAUUGUCAAAUAUAAGCUUUCCGAUACCAAUAAAUCAUUGCUCUUGCAC